AAAAUUCAUGUCGUACAUUUAUUGUGCAAUAAAAAUACACAUUUCUAUCUUAAAAACAACAAAUAGGGUAAGUUGUAAACUUUUACUACUUAACGUGUGUAGUAAAUCUAUACCAUUUAUUCAAAACUCACUACAGUCAAAAGCUGCGUCAUAUACAUAUACGGAAAUGUUAAAAAAAUGUGUAUGCAUGUAUUAUGGUAAUAAAUGAUGAAUGGCAAUUCAUUAAAUCAAAGAACUUUACAUAGAGUUAGUAGGAAAUCGAUCUAAUCUGAAAACAGAUGUAUUAAAGUAACUUUCUAAUAUUUUUACUUAAAAAUGAUACAAAACAAUUCAUUGAAACAAUUGUGGUUGAGUAAAAAAGAAAUAUAUUAAAUAAAAUAAGUUCGUGUAGUGAAAGUCAUAAAAUUACUGGCGAAAAAUAAAUAACUAGUUCCUUAACUUUGAGGUUUGUAUUCUCAAUAUACCUAGGAUGCAGAAUAACUUAUUUGAAAUCCUAUUCAAAAGAGUUUCCAUCACAAAAUAAUAAUGGAAUGCCAUAAUUCAAACUUUUCACUUAAAUCCGAAGAAGAAGACACCCGGCUUAUUGACACCGACUCUGACUGUAUGUUCUAUGGAUCUUUUGACCAACAAAAUGAUGAACAAAAAACUCAAGAUUUAUUUGAUUUACUUAAAAGUUGGAAUCAAUUGGAACUAUUUGAUCACUUUUCAAAUGAAAAAAUUGACUUGGAAGUUUUAUCCGUUAUAAAACCACAUCAUUUCGAAAGACUUUUAGAAUCAUUUAAUUUACGAACUCAUAUAAUGUUUGAACAUAAUUUGGAACAAUGGCGUGAGUCGAUAGGAUUACCUUUGCCCAGUUAUCCAGAAACUUCAUCCCGUUUGGGACCACAUCGACUUCGUUCAUAUUCAAGAUCCCUGCAGUACAUUAAGCCUCAAAGCCAAACAAAUUCACCAAAUUAUAUCCGUCCAAUUGAAGAUACUGAACCUUCAACUAAUAAUGAACCUGCAUCACAUGUAGCACCUGUAGCGCCUGUAUCACCUGUGGUACCUGAAGCACCUUUAACCGAAGCACAUGCGGGCAGAGUUAGUCUGGAUUCUAUUUUAAAGACAAGCAUAAAAGGAAGAAUGCUACUUGAACUUUAUAAAACAAAUCAAAAAUUCGAAGAAACUCAAAGAACUUUACUGAUUCAUUUAAUAGCAGAAUACUAUACCGAAAAAGGAAUACAUUUAGAAUUAUCAGCGACGCAUAAAAUUGAAAAAGAAAUUAUUGCAACUUUUCCAACGGAACAAUUGGAGUAUUAUAGAACAUCAAAACGUGGAAGAAUAUACAAUAAAUUCUGUAAUCACAAAUAUUCAUUGAUAAAAGUGGCACGUUGUUCAAUACCAAAAAGCAAUUCAAAGACUGCAACUAAUGCAAAUGCUGAGCCUGAAGCAAACUUGAAUAUCGUUCCAGAGGAAGAUGCAGAAAAAUACAUCUUAUUACUAAAAAAUGGCAAAUUAUCAGACGAACAAUUUGAAACCGCUUGGAAAAGUUGCGCCAAAUUCCGCAUUAAUGAAAUUCGAAAGUAUCCUCUACUUCUUGUAUUAUCAAAAUGGCCUCAAUAUAAAUUACCGCAUGGCUACAAAUACAUUGCAUUAGAUUUUAAAUAUCUGGAACCUAAAUGGAAUUCCCUUGUCAACAAUUGGGAUGCAAUGUCUGAAAAAUUAUUUACUUUCCUAACCACUGGCCAAACGAUUAAGACUAAUGAAAUUAAAUCUGUUUUGAGUAAUAUUUCAACUAUUAAUUCAAAAGAUGGUCGAGAUGCUGCUCUGAUGUGGUGUUUGCAUGGCUACUUAAAACCUACAAAUAUAAUUGUAUCUAAGAUCAAUGACAAAGGAAAAAAGACUCUAUCAAAAAUUUCAAUCAAAGAUUCCCAAGAUUCAUUUGUUUAUGUUGGUGAAUCAAUGCAUGAUAUUGAAAAGCAUAGACUAAGCUUAAAAAAGCAAUUUGAAAAGAUAGAUCCUUUCAUAGCUGUUUUGGGAACUGAUAUUAUGAAUUUUAGGAAAAUAUAUGUUUGUAUCGAUGAUAUUAAGUAUUCAAUUGAUAGUUUUAAAAAUGCUGUAGAUUUAUGUUAUAAGAUUAUUGUUUUAUUUAAACUAGAAUAUCCAACUGCAUGCAAAGGUAUUUGGAGUUUUUUUCAUAAUAUGUUUUUCGAAAUUAAACCAAAAACAAAUAUUCCAAGAGUUCAUAUAUUGAUAAAUGAGUUAAGGGAAAUGAAAUAAAUGUUUCUUAUAAAUUAUAUAAUUUA